AUGUCUGCGCUUCAAUUUGUGCGUGCUAGCAAAAAUAUGUUUUGCUCAUUAAGAUUAAGGACACCACAAACUCGCACACUGGGGUAUGCAACAUCAUUAGCCAAAAAAGAAAGUGAGGAGAAAUCAACUGUUAAUGCUGACGAUGUCAAACAGCAUGCCAAGUUAAGGUACCAAUGGUGGGACCCCAACGGACCCAUGAAAGUAUUACAUGCUUUCAAUAUGAUUAGAGUGCCAUUUGUAAGAGACGGCUUAGUACACUCUCCACCAGAUCAGAGAACCAGUACACCUCUCUUAGGCAAGAAAAUCUUAGAUAUUGGGUGUGGGGGAGGAAUUCUUUCAAUGCCUUUAGCCAAACUAGGCGCUGAGGUGACUGGCGUCGACGCCAGCAAGGAGCUGAUAGAAAUGGCCCAAGAACACAGCCGGGGGCACCCCCCUGCACCUGGGAAAUCCCCCACAUAUAUAUACACGUCAAUCGAGGAACAUGCAAAAGAUCACGCCAACGUCUACGAUGGAAUAGUAGCUUCGGAAAUAAUAGAACACAUCGAGAACGACAAAAAGGAAUUGUUCGUCAAAUCCUGCAUACACACGCUGAAGCCGGGCGGAAGGAUUUUCUUCACGACUCCUACAAGAACUAGGUUGUCACAGUUCACAACGAUAUUCUUAGCGGAGACCGUGCUGAAGGCUAUACCGAAGGGCACACACCAGUAUGAGGAGUUCACCACGCCGAACGAAAUGACGUUGUUAUUAGAGAGAAACGGUUGCCACGUGGAAGCGGUCCACGGCUGCUUCGUCAACAUGCUCCAAAACAAGUGGCAUUGGAUCAGUUCCACCACCUUAUUCUUUGCUCUGCAAGCCAUUAAACUAGAAGAAUCCUUACCGAGAUAA